GAGGCUGGAGCGCGCGGGUGCGACCCGUCGGAAUGUUUGGCUGCGCUGAGGCUCGGGAGCUUUGCGGGUCCUUUGCUGCCGCCUUUACUUAGAUGCGGUUCCGAUGAGGACAUAUUGCAUUCCUGUGUUGAUGUUGAAUUGACCUCAGUUCUGGGUUAUGGAUGGACAAAAUGAAGUAGACUUUUCCAAUAACAACAUUAUACCAUUGUGGAAGAGAAGAUCACCUCAUCAUGGGCAUUUGCAUACAAAGAACAAACCCAGACCACAGUCUUAUCAGAGUUCCACUGGGGUCCUCUUCACAGAUUUUCCUGUGGAAGACAAAGAUACAUUCACUUUAACCCAACCUGAUGAAACAAUAAUUACUUCUCCGGACGGCAGCUCUAUUCAGAGAGGUCCCUUGCUUUUCAACUGUAAAAAUGUGCCAAAUGGAAAAGUUCAGUUUCCAGAACAUAGAACCUUAUCUUCUACGCUUUCUGACCAGUCCCCUCAAAUCUUGAAAAUGGUUUCAAGUAAUUCUAUAAACAUUACAUCUAGUGGCUGUAUAGAUUCAGCAGGCAAUAAAUCAACUCACCCAAGGAAGGCUUCUAAUCAACCAUCACUUAGCCCCGAGAAAGAACAAAUUGUUUUCACAUCAAGCCUUGGACUGUCACCAACAGAAAUUGUGCAUUCACCAAAUAACAACACAACCAUUGCCUUAGCAUUACAACCCAGUCAACUUCCUAAAAACUUAGAGACGGAAUCUGUUUGCCUGCGUGCUCCCUCAGACAUUCCGCAUUUGCCUCUACAAAGAAUACCAUCAAAUCGGAAUAACCAAUCAGAUAUGUCAGCUGUGAUUCUGAGUACAAAUAGUCUUGCUGCAUUAAAAGUGGGGAAACAGCAGAUCAUCCCUAAGAGUUUAGCUUCUGAAAUAAGAGUAAUUGGCAAAGCUAAUUGUCAGAAUGCAGAAGCAAACAGCAGGGUGCUAAAGGUACGCAGCAUGGUAGAGUCUCUUGAUGCACCAUUGGUAGCCAGUGAAGAUGAAGAAGCAGAAGGGGAUGUGGAGAGUCCAGGGAUGCUAAAGCGUAGCUUGAGGUCUACUUCAUACCGACGAGCUGUUGUGAGUGGUAUUGACUUUGAUGGUAUUGCCAAUUUUAAAAUGAAAAACAGGAUGUCUCAGCCAGUGCUGAAGGCAGUCAUGGAAGAUAAAGAGAAGUUCUCUAGUUUAGGAAGAAUAAAGAAGAAAAUGCUCAAAGGACAAGGGACCUUUGAUGGACAAGAAAAUGCAGUGUUGUAUCAGAAUUACAAAGAAAAAGCUUUGGAUAUAGAUUCCGAUGAAGAGGUAGAAUCAAAAGAACACAAGUCAGAUGAAAAAAUAGUUAUUCAAUACAAACCUCUAAGAUCGACUUGGAGUCAGCUGUCUGUGGUGAAGAGGAAUGGCUUAUCUCAGACCAUCAGCCAAGAAGAAAGAAAAAGGCAAGAGGCUAUAUUUGAAGUAAUAUCUUCAGAACAUUCAUAUCUGCUCAGUCUAGAGAUUCUGAUCCGGAUGUUUAAGAAUUCCAAAGAACUAAGUUCUACAAUGACAAAGACUGAAAGCCAUCAUCUUUUCUCCAAUAUUGCUGAUGUCUGUGAAGCAAGCAAGAAGUUCUUCACAGAGCUUGAAGAAAGGCAUCAGAGUAACAUCUUCAUAGAAGAUAUCAGUGAUAUUGUAGAAAAGCAUACUACUUCAACUUUUGACCCUUAUAUAAAAUAUUGCACAAAUGAAGUCUAUCAACAACGGACACUUCAGAAACUGUUAGCUACCAAUCCAUCUUUCAAGGAAGUAUUGUCACGGAUUGAAUCUCAAGAAGAGUGUAGGAAUUUACCAAUGAUUUCCUUCCUCAUUCUUCCAAUGCAAAGGGUUACACGACUUCCACUGCUGAUGGAUACAAUUUGCCAGAAAACGCAGAAGGAUUUGCCAAAAUACGAAGUUUGCAAAAGGGCUUUAAAAGAAGUAAGCAAGUUGGUUCGUCUGUGCAAUGAAGGUGCUCGAAAAAUGGAAAGGACAGAAAUGAUGUAUACCAUCAACUCCCAAUUAGAAUUUAAAAUCAAGCCCUUUCCACUGGUUUCUUCUUCACGAUGGUUAGUGAAACGGGGUGAAUUGGCAGCAUUUGUGGAAGACACUGGGCUUUUUUCUAAAAGGACCUCUAAGCAACAAGUAUAUUUCUUCCUCUUUAAUGAUGUCCUCAUUAUCACAAAAAAGAAAAGUGAAGAGAGCUACAAUGUUACGGAUUACUCCUUAAGGGAUCAGUUACUAGUUGAGCAGUGUGACAACGAAGAACUGAAUUCCUCUCCAGUAAAAAACAGUACACCAAUGCUUUACUCUCGGCAGAGUUCUGCCAAUCACCUCUUCAGAUUAACUGUCCUAAGUAACCAUGCAGGAGAGAAGAUUGAACUACUUCUGGGAACUGAAAUUCAGAAUGAGAGAGCUCGCUGGAUUACUGCACUUGGACAGAGCAAUGAUAGAAGGACCAAGGACAGGACAACAUUGACCCAGGUAGAAGUCAUCAGGUCAUACACUGCCAAGCAACCUGAUGAAUUGUCCCUCCAAGUUGCUGAUGUAGUUCUUGUUUAUCAGAAAGUCCAUGAUGGUUGGUUUGAAGGAGAGCGAUUGCGUGAUGGAGAAAGAGGGUGGUUUCCAAUGGAAUGUGCCAAGGAGAUCACAUGUCAAGCCACAAUUGAAAAAAAUAUGGAAAGAAUGGGACGUUUGCUAGGCCUAGAAACAAAUGUAUAAGGCUCUCUACACAAUACAUGUACUCUAGAAUUUGCACUAAAGUCAGUGGCAUCUUGGUCCCUUCCAGAUCAAAUAUAUGAAAUAGAUUUUAAGAAUGGAAGAAACUAACCCAAUUCAAGGCAAAUAAGGGCUCUUCAGAAUCAGUUUCUACAGUAUGAACUUUGGUUUUUUAAAAAACUUUUAAAAAUAAAUGCUGAUUUUAUAUUUGAAUAGCAUUCCUAUUUACAGAUUUACAAUAUUUACAAUGACCUAAUUAUUCCUGUCUGUUAUGUCUAAUAUGCCUUCGUUCUAAAAGCUAGUUCUCUAGUCCAUUCAUUUCACCUUCCAUUUUAAUUUAAUAUACCCUUUUCACUUCCAUGAAAUUGCUUCACUCCCACAAUGAACAUCACGAAGCAGGAACAGGCUUCUAUUAUGUGUGCAGUUGCUGUGGAUGCACAUGACUGAGCCAACCGUUUGCAUAUUUUGAGCUAGAGACUGGCUGUUGAGACCCAUGAACAUUAACUAUCACUUUUCCAACUGACUUCAGUCAAACUGAAACACUAUUGAUGUCACUGGCAAAUACAGGCAGUUCCUGGGUUAAGAAAGAGAUCUGUUCCUAGGUCUGUCUUUAAGUCGAAUUUGUAUGUAAGUUGGAACAGGUUAUUUAGCAUCAGUGAGUCAAAUGUUUUGUCUUAGUAUAUAGUAUUUAUUUACCUUCCUAUGCAUAUAAAAUGCUUAAGAAACAUUUCCAAAUAUACUACAACAUCAUAAACAUCGUAAUACAGUACAUAAUAAUAGAAUAAUAAUAAAAGAAACUGUUCUUAAAAUGGUUUAGAUAGAAAAAAAGAAAAAUCAUGAUUAAAGGUUAACAGCACAAGGCUGCUGUUGGAGGAUGGACCUGGUGCUGGAGAGGAGGCGUUUACUUCUGGAGUCCAUUUCUUGAAGUAGGCAUCAAGGGAGGUUGCACAGAGCUCUUCUUUUUCUCCCCAUAAAUGGCCUUGUAGCAGCUGAGGCCCUCGGUAACUUACAGUAAACCUCUCUGUAUUAGGAUCUUGCUCCUCUACCUUUGCCAUCCCUGCUUCAAUGAGAUGAAAGCCUUCAGCUAACUCUUUCAUCCAAACCUUUUUUGGUUCUGGAUUUUGUAGGUCCCAGUCUUCUUCCUCAAAUGCUAUCAUCAGCUGCUCUAGUUCCAUAAGGUCUUCAUUGGUCAGUUCUUUUGCAUGGGAGUCAAGAAGCUGUAUGACAUCAUUUUCACUGAUGUCCAAUUGCAGUUGAUUACCAACAUCAGCCAUAGCUUGCCUGGCUUCAGCGAUGUCAUCAGCUGUAAACUCCUGGAAAGCAUGUACGAAUUGGGGACACAAUUUGUUCCAAAUUCCUUUCAUACUUGACUGCUUUUUAUCAUCCCAAGAAUCAGCAAUAUUUUUGAUGGCAUCAUAGAUGUUAUCAUUCCUCCAGAACUCUCUUAAGCUCAUCACAUCUUGGGUAGCCCUGCCUGCUUGUGAGAAGGUCCGCUGUAAAUAAUAGGCCUUAAAGGAAGUUACGACCCCCUGAUCCAUUGGCUGAAGUAGCAAUGUGGUGUUGGGGGUAAAAAUGUGACCUUUACAUUGGGGUGAAGGUCAUCUAAAGUGCCUGGAUGUCCGGUUAUGUUGUCAAGCACAAGGAGAAUCUUGAAUUUUCUUGAUCAAGCAAUAAUGUUCAACAGCAGGGACAAAUUGGUUCAAGAACCAAUCUUGAAAAUUGGCAAUUAGAACCCAAGCCUUUGUAUUUGCCUUCCAAAUAAUGGGAAGAGAUGCCUUGAUGAUACAGCAAAGUGCCCUUGGAUUUAGGGAAUGAUACACAAGCAAAGGCUGGAGCUUGAAAUCCCCAGAUGUGUUACCCCCAAGCAAUAAUAAUAGCCUGUCCUUCGAUGCUUUAUGCCCUGGUGCACUUUUUCCUCUUUCAAAACGUAGGUCCUUUCAGGCAUUUUUUCCCAAAGUAAGCCAGUCUCGUCUACAUUAAAUAAUUGGUCUGGCAAAUAACCUCCCCCCUUAAUAAUUGUUUUAAACAUGUCAGGAAAAUCAUGUGCAACACUUAUAUUGGCACUUGCUGCUUCACCUUGUACUUUUAUGUAAAUUUGCCCUCACUUUGAAAUGAUUGAACCAACCCCUACUCAAACAAUUCUUCAUCACCAUCACCUUCAUUUGCUGUCCAUGCAGCUUUUAAAUCAUUGAAAAGGUUUCAAGGCUUUUCUUGCAGUAAAGUAAGGCUAAUAGGCAUAUUAUGCUGAUUUUGAUCACCUAACCAAAUAAUCAAUAGCCUUUCCAUUUCAGUGAUUAAACCACUGUGUUGCUUAGUAGUGAUUGUAGUUUUCAUCAGAGCAGGGCCUUUCACAUGCUCCAUUCUUUCUUUAACCUUCAAAAUUGUUCCAAUCAUUGACCAACUAUAGCCUAAUGCUUUUCCAGUGUACAAUGACAUUUCACCACUUUCUGAUCACUUUAUUAUUUCACUUUAUUUUCAGUCAUGAUAAUUUUCCUUUUCUUUGAUGUAUCACCAGCACUUCCAUUGGAUUUAUGCUUUGGAGGCAUGGUAAAUAGAAAUGGUGACGUGAUCCGACUAAAUGGCAAGGUGAUCUGACUAAAAAUGGUGGAUGGCAUUCUCCUUCCUCAAGCUGACAAACUGUUAAAGCUAUGCAAUGUUUUCAUGAACCACUGAAAACAGGCUGUGUAUUAAAAAUGCAUGCGCUACUUUGUGACACUCAUGAAAACAUUGCACAGCUUCAGGGGUUUGUCGGCUUGAGGAAAGAGAACGCCGUCCGCCAUUUUUAGCUGGAUCAUGUUGCCAUUCAGCCCACCACUAUUUUUAGUAAUAGGCAGUCUUUUCGUAAGUACAAGUUGUCCGUAAGUCAGAUGUUCUUAACUCGAGGCCUAUAAUGUAUGGACUUCCAGGGGAGGUAUGGCAAACUGAAGAUGGCUUUGUGGAAGUAGAGCUGAUGUCUGCAGCAAAGACCAAGGAACCGGGGAAUAGACUGGUUCCUUGGAACCUCUCCAGAUAAGGAGAGGAUGGGAAAUUGUCCACAUGUCCAGAUGGCUGCUCCUCACGAGAUUGCAGGACAGCGGUUUUCCACAGAUUUGCACACUAGGAGACGACAGGAUCAGCCAUCUUGUUUGCAACCACAUCAGAGCCUUUUAAAGGACAUUUAAGUUCACAAACCUCACUUUCUAAUCAAUUUUGGAAACUGCCUAUUAAAUACCUUAAAGCUAUUAGAGACCUUCAGAACAACAAGUUUGAAAAGUCUUGGGUGAGUUAUCCUCAACUCUGAACAAAAGAAAAAUUAAUUACAAGCUUAAGAACUUAAAGAAUUUGAAAUAAACAGCAAAAACUUAAGAUUUUGAUCUAAGAAAGUUAUAAACAGAUCAAGGAUCCAAAUAAAUUUGGAAUAUUGGCUUUUGCUAUAAGAUUUUGGAAUUAACUAUAAAAAAUAAGUUCUCAUGUGAAACAGAUUUGGUUUUCUGGCAAUUGCAUGUCAUAACAAAAGACGUGAUGAUUUUAGAAACUGGACACUAAAGGGGACUAAAGAUUUUAAGCAGAAGAAAAAUAUAUAUACAAACCUGAUUUGAGUUAAUACUAGGACUUACAAAAUGAAACAAAACGUUACAACAUCAGAAAUAUUAAAGGAGAUCUUUGAAGAAUGGAGCCAGAAGUUAGUAACUACAAUAUCAACACUGUCAGUAAUCAUGUCUGUUUCUAUGGAUAGACUGUCCAAAAGAUGUUAAUGAAGGAAUGACAGAUGUGGAAAUUUUAUCUGACAAGAUAGAGAAAGUACAGAAUGUGGAUCUACAAAUGACAGGCCAAGAGAAUGAUUUGGAAAAAGAUGCUUUACUAGAUAAACAAAAGAAACUGACUGAAUUUUUAAAAAAAUAAAAGGAAAAUACAAAUGAUAAAAGAAUGACUUGGAAAAUGUUUUCUUACUGGAUCUACAAAAGAAGCUUGUUAAAACCUUGAAGAAAUCUCUGAUAUGGGAUAAAGAAGAAUUGAAGAGAAAUCAUCCUAUGACAAUAUUUAAUUGAAUUAAAGAUUAAGACUGUUAGAAGUAAAAGAAGGAAUAUAAAGUUGGUUUAUUUGAUCAAGGUUACAAUAAGAUUCUCCCUCUUUUUUUUUUUUUUUGCAAAGUUCUGGCAACUCUUUAUGGACUUUUUGCUGACACCAGGACUGAAAAGUCGAUGUUUUAUGGAAUUGCAUAUAGAUAAAGGAUGGGAUAUGGGAUGAAGAGAUACCUGCUUAACCUUAUAGGGGGUGAAGUUAUUAAAUUUGUUUAUACUUCUUGUGAUGAAGGUUGGAAGUCACUUUAUAUAUUCUUUUUUCCUGCACUUUUUAUUCUUUCCAUUGUCAUCUCUAACUUCAGUUUGUAUUAGUUUUUACUAUUGUAAUUAAAAUUCUUAAUAAAAGUUAUAUUUUUUAAAAAAGCAUAUACUGUGAUGCACUUGCAGCUUUUCAUACUUUUCUAAAUAGUAUUUAUUAGAACUUUUCCUCUGUCUGCUUCACUUGCCUCUGUUUUGAAAGAAGACAACCAGAGAAAUAGCAAUU